AUGCUGUCGAGGCGCUUCCAUGCCCUGCUGCUGGCACCCAAACUUGCCCUCAUUACCCGCAGCUCAACAGCGGAGCUGCAGAAGGAGGAGCUUCACGAUGCCGUGCGGCGUCACGAUUCGCUUGUGGCGGAUAACAUGGGGCGGCACGACGGUAUCGUUCGUUCGACGUACGAUGAGGCUAUUGCGUACUUCCCUGCGUUUCAAUUGGCGGUGCUGCCGCCUACGAGCGGCGUACACCGCGCGGAGCUUCGGGCGUUGCUUGCCGCACAUGCCACCGAAGAAUUUCGACGGCUGCUUAUUUGCCCCUGGACGUCGGUGGGCACACGCCACGUGCUCAUUGUUGGUUGUCGCAGCGUUGCAUACAUCCAACGGCAGCUGGCGAUGGAUGAGGUGCAUAGCGUGCUUGUAGUAGAUCACGCGCUUUCGGCCCUGCUGGAUGCAGCCACCGCGCUGGUGCCCAAGUACGGCCCACGCGUGCAUUUUGUUCGCAGCGAUGCGCUUUUCCUGCUGCAGCGCCUUAUUCCGCCUGCCACGGCCGACGUGUGUGUCGUGCCGAUGCCUGUUCCAUUCUGGUCAGAGAGUGGAAGCUACCGACGGCUUGUCACGCGGGACUUUCUUUGUGUGGUCCAUAGCCUACUGCGGGUGCGUGCGGACCCUGCGGACCCGCGCGGAAUCGUCACAUUUACAGAUGCUGCACCGCUGGCUGAAUUUAUGAUGGAGCAGCUGGAGGAGAGCCGGUUAGUUGUCCCGUGGACACGGAAGGACCCUGCGGGAACGUACAACCGAUGGCUGCCGAUUCAGAGUUCGCCGGGCCGUGAGUUUCAACAGCAGCGCCUGGGCGACAUCGUUGCGUGGGCCGCCUCGAAAAGUGGACCGACGUCACCGCAAGCCGCAGAAAUCGUGCAGCUUCUUGACUACAAACGGCGCUACUACCGUGCACUCACUCGACAGGAAGAGUGA